AUGGAAGUACAAAACGAUUCAUUUUACGAUACUGCUAACUUUUUUGGUUGGUUCUUAAGGCACGUGCGACCGUAGUUGCUUUGAACCUUUCCACAUGAGCUUGCCUAAUGCGCUAUUAUAACUUAUUUAGUUUAGAAAUGUUCCAUUGUGGGUAUUUAUAGCUUUGUCGGGCAGUUGGCGUUAAGUUGCCAUGCCGCACCGGCUGCCUCAAUUGCCAGGGCUUGGCAUUGACGACGAUCCACCUCUGUCUCCCCUACACCAGUUACUGUACAAGCCAAAGGAUGUGCGAAAACCUCAGAACCUCGAACCGGUCGUCACGCUCGACGACCUGCGCCGUACCGGCGUCAUCGGCCUGCGUGACACCGUCCACUCCUCGCUCGCCUACCCCGGCCUCAGCCCCAACUUCCUCAACGAGCCCCUGGACGGCGUCCUCAGCGACCAGGAGGGCGACGACGAGGACGCGGCCUGCGACCUGCGCUCCUCAUGCAGCGGAGGAGCCGGCGGCGGCGGGGGCGGCAGGGGUGCAGGCAGGGCGGACAGGCAGGCUGCAGGCCGCUGCGGCUCACCCGACCAGCAGGCAGCCGCGGCGGCGAGCGGGAGCAAGGGCGGGAGCGUAGGCGUGGCUGGUGUGGUGGGGGUGGGCGACCCGCAGCGCUUCAACGCCACUGCGGCGGCGCGCGCGGCGCUGCUGCAUGAGAAGCCGGCGGUGGUGGAGCGCAUGGAGAAGGGCGUGCAGGCGUGCGCGGUGCUGCGGGACAACCGGCACUACCGGCUGUUCUCGCUGGGCGUGUUCCAGCCCGCCGUCAACGACGUGCGCACGCGCUCCAUGUACCGAGUGGAGCUGCACAAGCACCUCUCCUCCACCAACCUGCGCGCGCCGCAGGGCGACAAGGAGGUGCGCUCCGCGGUGCAGCACGACACGGUGGGCUCGCGCAUCGAGCGCAUGUUCAACAGGGUGCUGCGGCAGGGCGUGGAGGAGCCCUCCGCGCCGCCCAGUGCGGGCGGGCCGCUGCCGCUGGGGGCGGGCGGGGGGGCGGCGAGCUGGCAGCAGCAGCAGGGGAUGCAGCAGGGGACGCAGGGCAUGCAGGGGAUGCAGCAAGCGAUGCAGAGUACUUGGAGUAGCGGCAUGACGGGAGGACUG